AUGGUCUCGGCUCAAUCUGCAUGCAGCAUCGCUUCGCGACUGGAGCUCUUGGAGCUCUCUUCCAGUCAGGCAUUCGGUGGUCGCUGCAUUUGCUGCCUUGUCCGGGUGCAAGCAUGCACUGCCAGCGUGGCAGUGAUUUCGCUAUCACUUGGCUUCUGCUACGAGUUGUUUCCGGAAUCACCAUGGAAGGUUGUCGAGGCAACGCAGAGUUUGGCAAUACUGGCGGGGUUUCUUACUGCUAUCGUUAAUGUGCUGACAAGCAUGAUGGCAGCCUGCUUCUUGACCAAAUCUUUGCUGGUUUUGCGAAGGGUCUUGAGAAUGGCGAAGCUCAAUGAUGCGUCGGUUGCAGCGCAGUUGUCUCUGAGACGAGCCCGACGCUUGGCUGGCCUGCAGACGAUGGGCGUCUCUUGCAGCCUUGUGCUGACAAUCUUGGUGAUUCCAUGCGCUCUUCUAAGUCACACUCAUGCCGCGCUUGGCAUACCCCUUUGGGCUGCAGUAGGCGUUCAAGCCGUGGAUGUCCUUGGGAAUGCUCUGGCUGCGGUUCUCCUGUCAGGCGGCCACAGGCUUCCAAAGGUUGACCAGGUGCCUGGCCAACAGUUGUGCUGUUGGGCAUGCCGCUGCCAGACCAAAGCCCCACUGGAACAGGAAAGGGAUUGGAGCCCGAUGUGGAGAGCAAAAGUUGAAGAGCUCUCCUUGCGGGGCAUGACUUUGCGCAGCCUCUUGUGCUUUUAUCAAGAGACGCUUCUUCCCAUGCCCGGCUGGAAAUAUGCCCCCAGCGACCAUAAGACAAGAGAUGUGGUCCGUAGGGCCAUCAUCCCUCUCACCAGCAGGGAGGAAUCUGCAUAUGCAGUUUCGGCUUUGAACAGGGAUGGUUUCAAAGACUUGCUCGCGGCCAUCAUCUCGGAUGCUUUUCAGGAAAGUAGCUUCACUUUGGCAGCAAACCUGUUGGACGAAGACUGCGCAUUCGUUUGUGAAAUUCUAGCUCAGAGCGGUCGUUUGGAUGACACGUACUGGAUUUGCGCGUUUGCAGUGAACCAGCACAUCUGCAUAUGCCACAAAAACCCUUACGACCGCGAUCCGUUGACGAACGAGUUGCAUCCUGUAUGUAGUUGCAGCAGCGUGAAUUUGGUUGAUCCGGAUGGCAGAAGCACCGCUUCAGAGGUCAACAAGUUUGAUGACAUGAUGCAUCAUCUUGUAGAAGCAGGAGGCUGCAAGCAAGUAAUUGCAGUGGACCAAUCCCUUGACUUGUUUCAACGUGCUUGGUGUGUUGCGGAAAUUGCAGAAGCCAAACGUCUGCAAAUGAAUCAGGCACUCAAAGUUACAUCUAAAGCAACAAUCCUGCAACGUGCGCAAACCUUAGCUAAUUUGGAUAUUAGCUAUAUGCGUGCGGCAUGCGAUGCGGACAAAAAACUGAUACUCGAAAAGAUCGAAAACAGCAUGAGCAUCAAGCAGUUCAACGCAGAGCUUCGAUCGCUGAUUUUUGACCCGAAAUCGGGACUUCUGGCAUCUUGGCAUGCCAUGGACAGCGCGCAACAACUUGCAGAAGUCGGCAGGUUAGUUCGAUGGGGGCUUGCAGAUGCAGGCACUGGGAAG